CGUUACAAAAAGGGGGAGUAUUUGGAAAUAAUAUAAAAACCGAGAAAUUACUUGUUUUGGAGAAAAAUAUCUGAGAAAAAUGGGCGCCGCUUUCUUCCCCGUGUUCUUCUUCACCGGCCUUUGGGGUGCUGUGGGCAUUGGAAUGCCCAUUAUGACCCCAAAAGGACCACACCAGAAUCUCAUCCGUUGUGUCCUCAUGCUGACCGCUGCCUGCUGUUGGCUCUUCUGGCUCUGCUGCUAUAUGGCCCAGAUGAAUCCUUUGAUCGGACCCAAGCUCAAGCGGGAUGUGGUGGCCAUGAUCGGCAGGUCCUGGAACAACGAAAUCCUCGAGCACUAGGAAGCUGCCUCAUCAUCCAAUAAUGUAUUCCAAGCAUAACCAAUAACAAUUGUUUCGUGUUGUAAAUAAAAUAGUGAAAAACA